GAUAGUUAGAAGUUAGAUAGGAUUGACGAGUUACGAGUCGGAAAAGCCUUCAUGUACUCAACCAUAAACCCAUAGAAACGUAUCAAAUUGCUCUUCGCAUCUGUUGUGGAUUGAAACAAGCAGACAAUCUAAUGCAUUGCAAUAAAAGCUAGCAUAUUAACGAUACAGUAGAAGUACAACUUCAAUAUUGUGGAUUUUGACUCUACGCAUUUAUAUACGAAAAAAAUAACACAGCUGAAAACGAAAGAGGAAGUUCUUUAGAUAAGACUAGCUUAUUUCGGAAAAUUAAGUACGCCAUUAGUAAGAUAAGUUUUGGAAUGAAAACCAAUGGCGCCUCUUCUUGUUGCUGCUAUUGAUUUUGGAACAACGUACUCUGGAUGGUCGUAUUCGUUUAAACACGAAUUUGAACUCGACCCAACAAAAGCCUCAACAAAGCGUUGGCAUGGAGACCAGCUGGUUUCAUUGAAAGCACCGACAUGUGUUCUGAUCGAACCUGAUGGGGAGACUUUCUCAGCGUUUGGAUAUGACGCUGAAAACAAUUACACCAGACUAGCUGAAGCGGAGGAACAUGAACAAUGGUACUUCUUCAAAAGAUUCAAGAUGAAGCUUUAUAAUGAGGACAUAAACAGAGACAUGAAAAUUGAAGACAAAACUGGAAAGAAACUUAAAGCAGAUAUUGUUUUCUCGGCUGCAAUAAGAUUUCUUAAAGACGACCUUUUAAAAGUCAUUCAAGACCGUAUCAAGGGAAGCGUGAAACCAGAGGAAAUCAGUUGGGUUUUGACAGUUCCCGCGAUUUGGGAUGAUGGUGCAAAACAGUUUAUGAGAGAAUCGGCCGAAAAUGCCGGUAUUUCUUCUGACAAACUGAUCAUGGCUUUGGAGCCAGAAGCUGCAGCCAUUUACUGUCGAUUUUUACCGAUGGAAAAUAGUGGCCAAGGGGACUCACUGUCUACAAUAAAAACAGGAAGCCGAGUCAUGGUUGUUGAUGCAGGAGGCGGCACGGUGGAUUUUGCUGUACAAGAGGUUGCAGAGAACGGUUCUAUGAAUAACAUCUACAAGGCCAGUGGAGGUGACUGGGGCGGGACGAAGGUAGAAGAGGCAUAUGUGAAGUUUUUAGAAGAUAUAAUAGGAAAGGAUUCCAUUGACGAAUUUAAACGAUCAAAUAUGGAAGAUUAUAUAUUCAUGAUUCGGGACUUCGAAAUGAAAAAGCGAGACGUUGAUCCACUGAAAAGUGAAAAACCAGUGGUAUUCAGAAUUACAGCAACAUUACUACAAUUAGUGAAGCAACGUAAGGGCAAGGAGAUACACGAACUUAUCGUUGACUCUGCAUUUGAUAAAACGGUAUCAAUAAAAGCCGACAAAUUGAAAGUCGAUAUGGAUGUAGUAAGGAACAUUUUCAAGAUACAAAUUGAAGCUAUUGUUGACCAUGUUUCCAACCUGCUUGACCAGUCAACCGUAGGAGAUAUAGAAGCAAUCGUUUUAGUGGGAGGAUUUAGUAACUGUUCUUUGCUCCAGCAAGCUAUGAACACAAAGUUUGAUGGGCAUACAAUUCUCGUCCCAAAUGAUGCAGACCUUGCAGUCUUGAAUGGGGCUGUGAUAUUUGGACACAAGCCGGAGUUGAUUUCCCAGCGAGUGAGCAAAUACACGUAUGGAACAGACACAAAUGAGUAUUUUAUUGAACAUGUUCACAGAGAAUCGUAUAAAGAAAUAGACGAAAAUGGAGAAGCUCGCUGCAAAAAUGUCUUUGAUAAGCAUAUUACAGCUGGGCAGUGCCUUAUUAUUGGAGAAGCACAAGAUGAACAGAGCUACAGUCCAAUCGCAUCAACCCAAACGGCUAUAGACUUUGAUAUUUAUUACACCAUUGAUCCAGAUCCGAUGUACGUUACUGACGAAGGUUGCCAUUUUGCAGGCACACUGGAAGUUCCUCUAGAAGGAAGUGGAACCGACCGAUAUGUAAUGGGACGAAUGCUUUAUGGAGGGACAGAGAUAGAGGUCGAGGCUACUGAGGUCGCUACCGGGAAAGUGCAUCACCUAAAAAUUGAUUUCUUGAGCUAACCGUUCGUACAAAUACAGUACGUACCUUAACAUUUCUUAUAAACUGUGACAUGUGUGUUUAUUUCAAACUUGUUCCAAACUGUCGCAUAUGAAUAAGAAAGUAAAAAACAGAUCAAACAAUGUACGGAACUGAAUUAUCAAAAUAUAAAUAUAAAUAAAAUUAAAACGAUAAAGAUGUGCGCACAGUCUAUAAAAUUUAAGUUUUAAAAAGUGCGAUACUGGUAUAUACUAGCUAUACAUCCAUAUUAGAAUACAUGUGUUACGAAUUUGUUUACUUGCUUAUACAAUUAAAUGUUCAUUUAUUAAAAUCUUAUCUGGUUACUUACCUUAUACAACAAAGUUCAAUUUUUUGUAACAACCACCGCAUUGUAAAGUCAUGGUAAUCUUAGUUUUGUUCAGUGUAGAUUUUCGUACUUAUAUGUUCGGUAAAUGGUAUGUCUCAAAACUUCACGUCUCACGUGUAAAUAAUACAUGAAAUAUAUUAUAUUGAUAUAAGACCGUUAUAGUAAUCUUCUUCAGAAAAAUGUUCAAUGUGUUUACUCAGAAAUCUCGAAACUGAACGUGUCAGUACCCAGUGAACAUCCUUAGAUGUUAUUAAUAUCAUACCUAUAGAAUAGGCUUGAUAUUUUGAUGCGUAUGUGGUCUGUGUGUGCUGUCGCGUGUAUGUUGUGUGUCUAUCUUUAAGUGAGUCUUUGUCGUCACCUUUAUAAAUGGUCUUUGUUAGAAUUUCGACUGAUGGGCUUGUCCUUAAGUUUAUAUUGUAAUUUUUAUCGAUUGGCUAAUACAAUAAAAU